UGGAGUUUUUUCUUUUCUUUUUGUUUGUUUACAAAUGUCUGCCGUCGCACAGGGAACCAGCCCGAACCUAAUGAAGGCGGGGUUAAAGAAAAAACAAGGAAAUUCCUGGUGAGCUACGACAACGCAGGAAGAUGAAUGUGGGCGUAGCUCACAGCGAGGUGAACCCCAACACACGGGUGAUGAACAGCAGGGGGAUUUGGCUCACCUACCUGCUCCUGACAGUUGUGUUGCAUGUCGUCCUGCUCAGCAUACCUUUCUUCACUGUGCCGCUCGUCUGGACCCUUACCAACGUCAUCCACAACCUGGUGAUGUACCUGUUUCUACACACAGUGAAGGGCACUCCCUUUGAGACACCAGACCAAGGGAAAGCUCGUCUGCUCACACACUGGGAACAAAUGGACUACGGUGUCCAGUUCACGUCUUCACGCAAAUUCCUCACCAUCUCACCAAUCGUUCUGUAUAUUCUUGCCAGUUUCUACACCAAAUAUGAUCCCACACAUUUCCUGAUCAACACAAGCUCCCUUCUUAGUGUCCUCCUCCCAAAGUUGCCUCAGUUUCAUGGAGUGCGGAUAUUUGGGAUCAACAAAUAUUGAAAGAACUGACUGAACACUGGAUUUUAACUACCAACACUGGACUUGUAGUUUUUUUUUUUGUUUUGUUUCUGCUGAAGUAUUUUAUGUUUAGAAUUUAAAGAAACAAGAACCAGUUUGAUUCAUCUUAACUGUACAGACUGUGUGGCGUAAUAUAUGAAAGUUGCAGCUUCUGCUGCCUUUUGCAGCCUGAAAGAAGAGUAAAUGCACUGCUGAUGAAAGUUUUUUUCCUUACUGACAUUCCUCAUGUAUGUUUGUCCAAAGCCACACACUUUGCUCGUCUUCAAGUAAGAGCAAAAUUUGAACUGCACUGCUUUCGAAUGUGAUGUUUGUUCAUUAUUCUGUCUCAAACGUAGCUUCUCUGUUACAAUACAGUGGAGUGUCCGGUUGUCAUGUUCAGGAUGAUAGUUGCAAGUUUCCUUUUUUUUCAUGCCUUUUUUUCCUGAUUUACUAUGAAGGAUUUGCAUGCCUCAUGCAUACACACGCCUACAAUAAACACUGCACUCUUUGUUCUGUAGUGAUACACAUAAUCGUGUAAUCUUCUGUUUGAUUUAAAAGCUGGAUGUUUUUUUCCUACUUAUAAAAUGAGCGGUGGCAGCUA